CGUGCUGAGGCUGGGUCUAGAGCCGGGGUCGGGCCGCGCCUCCCUGCCCGGCGGGAGGUGGAACCAGCCCGGUGCUGCCGCCCUUCCCCUCCCUCCUGAGGGCUGAGCCAUUCCGGGAAGGCGCCGGCUCCCCCGCCGCUCUUCGGCAGCGCACCACCGGCAUCGGCCGCCGCCGCGCAAGGCUCGGCCCCACGUCGCCGCGGGUUUGGGGGCGGGCAGCGGCCGAGCGGGGCGGCGGCAGCGGCAGCGGCAGCAGCAGCGCAGAGCCCGUUUCUCGUCUCCCACAGCCGGGCUCGGCGGGCAGCGGCGGGAGGGGCGGGGAACAAGUGGACGGAGCGCCCCGGAGGAGGGGGCCGGUCGCCUCGUAGUUGUUUCGCCCAGGGUAAGUUGGCCGAUCCCUGCGAAGGCUUCGCUCGGAGGCGGCCGAUUCCCCGCCGCCCCCAGCCCCGUUUGGGGGCGCGUCUUUUUUUUUUUUUUUUUUUCUUUCUUCCCCCUUUGGAUUGCUUUUUUAUUAUGGAUUCUAUGGGGAAGCAGAUAUUCCAGUCGGGCUUUGCUGUACCACCUUGUCCAGCACGCUACGGGGAACUAUAAUUUUUCUUCCUUAAGAUGCUGCAGUGAAUUUCAGUCCCAGGAAGUCAAGCGAACAAAAAUAACCCAUAUAACCUGAACCGUUUGCUACUCUGUAAGAGCAGACACUUUCCAGGCACAGAUGAUGGCCAAAAAUUCCCUCGAGGGGUCUAAAGAGGACCUGAGCAAAAUUUCGGAGGAGGAGAUGCUGAGGUGGGGCAAGGAAGAGCUGGUGAAAAGACUGAGGAAAGUGGAGAAUGAAAAGAUGAACUUAAUGGUGGAACACGGCAACUUGAUGAAGGAUGUGAACCGGCGGCUGCAGCUCCACCUGCACGAGAUCCGCGGGCUGAAGGAGGUCAACCAGAAGUUGCAGGACGACAACCAGGAGCUGCGGGAGCUCUGCUGUUUCCUGGACGACGACCGACAGAAAGGCAAGAAGCUGUCGAGGGAAUGGCAGAGGUUCGGGAGGCACACGGCCAGUGUGAUGUGGAAGGAGGUAGGCAUGUACCAGCAGAAGCUGAAGGACCUGGAGGCGAGGCAGGAGACCCUGCUGCGGGAGAACGUGGAGCUGAAGGAGAUGGUGCUGAUGCUGGAUGAGGAGCGGAGCGGGGCCGGCUCGCGGAGCUCCAUCGACAGCCAGGCCAGCCUGACCAACCUCAACGGCGGCUCUGCCACCAGGGACGUGGGGGAUGGGAGCAGCACCUCCAGCACGGGCAGCGCUGGCAGUCCCGACCACCACCAUCACCACCUCCACCAUCACAAGGCUGGUGACAGCAAGGCUGGAGCCAUGCGGAGGUCCAUGGAUGACCUAUCUGCGCCUCUUCAUCACCGGAGCAUCCCCAACGGUCUCAACGAUUCAUCUUCCAACUACAUCAGACAACUUGAAACAAAAGUGAAACUGCUGGAGGAUGAUAACAAGCUUCUCUCUCAGCAGUCCAGCACUGGGGAUUUGAGGACUCUGAGGAAAGGGUUGUCCCCAUACCACUCUGAGUCACAGCUGUCCUCACUGCCACAGUAUCAAGAUGCCCUGCAAAACGGACCAGCGCGCAUGACAGCUGAUCUUGCUUCAUCUCCUGCAGCAGGAUACGUCCCUGUUGGUCAGAAACCAGAGGCUGUUGUGCACGCCAUGAAGGUCCUUGAGGUCCAUGAAAAUUUGGAUAGGCAAAUGCAGGACAACUAUGAAGAAGACCUGAGUGAAAAGGAGAAGGCGAUUGUUCGUGAAAUGUGUAAUGUUGUUUGGCGAAAGCUGGGCGAUGCUGCAAGCUCCAAACCCUCCAUCAGGCAACAUCUGUCGGGAAACCAGUUCAAGGGGCCGUUGUAGGAGUGCUGUCCCGUGGGCUGGAGGUGAUUCUGUGAAGACUCCGAGGGGCAGAGCUCACUAUUUCUGGCUGCCCGUUCUGUGGGAGUUGGGGGUUGAGUUUUUUCAGGGUUUCCUUUUUUUGGCUUUUUUUUUUUUUUUUUUGUAACUGUCAAUAGUGUAAAUACGGCAGCUAAAGGCCUGAUUUCCAGGCUGUGGUGCUCUGGAACUGAUGUUCAAUGGGUAACCAUCCAGUCAUACCAGAAUUGCAUCGUUUGUAUUGUAGUUCAAACCCGCUUUGUUGUAUGGUCUGUUUUUAGAAUUAACUAACUUGAGAGCAUUUUGAAGACAAACAAGAAGAACCCUUAAUCCAUGGAGAAGUCACAGUUUGUGUCGCUCCUGCCCACCUGCUUGUCAGUGAGUCACAGCUAGGUUAGCGGCUCCAGGCAGCACCUGAUGGAACCUUGUGAGCAAAGAGCAAUUUGAAUUCCCCAGCUGAUGGGCUGUCAGGCUCCUGAGCUGCUAGCAGGUUUUUGGAAGUGCUUGUUGUGAAGGAAGAAACAGAACUGUUUUCACCUGGCGCUGUGUAAAACGCUGAGCAGUGAGAUGAAAGCACUUUGCCCCCCUGUGUAUGUUGUAUGGUGGCACUCAUCACACCAGCAUACAGAAAAGCUUGAGACGCCGUAUGAGCUGUUAAUGAACUAUUUUUCAUGAACAAAUGAUGAGAUUUCUGCAGCUGUCAUGUGAAUGAACUGAAGUCACUUUGUCACACAUCAGUAUUUCCUACAAAUAUGGCAACACUGUUCCUGUAAGGUUUUACUACUAAGCAAUUCAGCAGAAACUGCCAUCCUAACAGUGCUUAUGGCUUUCACAGUAUCUUCAAGAGCAGCUCAUCUUUCACCUGUGGAAGAUUUGGGCAUUCUUUUUAAUGUUCUCCCUGGAUCCUUCUCCUCUGUCGGUUACUGUGAAAGGUAACCCAACAACAACAACCUUGCAGAGCUGAUUAAAGCUCAGUAAACACAGGCUGUCUGGUGAGACUACUUCCUGCCACUGAAGCUUUAUUUUUGUUAAUGAACCAAAACAAGUGGGUUUUUUCUUCUUCAAGUGGUUGUACAUAAAACAAUGGGACUUAUAUUUUGCUAUUGUGCAGUACCGCUUGUAUAGCUGUAAGAAUCUGAACCUCACCCCUUCUCUUCCAAGCUAUCACAGCAGCUGUUCUUGUAUUUCACUCAGUGUUCCCGUAUUUCCCAGUAGUGCGAGGAAGCUGAACUUGUUUCUUAAGCUCAUUGGUGUAAAAUAAUGUAAAAGACAGAUACAUGUAAUGAUCAAAGCCUUCUCUUCAGAAGUUGCAUCAAUUUUAGUGAUUAGCUCAAAGAUUUAAUGACCUCAGACACCAUUACUUUCGUCUUAUCCUCUCUAGGACUCAGUCACAGCUGCAGAUGGAUUAGUGAGACAGGUUCUUCCUCUUAAAUUACUUUGCUCUACCGGCUGAGUCCUUCAUUUGUGCUACUUGAUGAAUAUGGAGCACCAAUACAAUACCAGGAGGCCCACGCUGCGAGAUAGGAAACAGCUAAUUGCUCCCAUGGUAAUUAGUAUAACCAGCUGCCUGGGUAAAGAAUUUGUGGUGUCAGAGCCUAGAUCUGUAAGCAACAAAAACAGAGCCAGAAUGCAACCAACAUUCAUGCUAACCGUUAAGAACCACCUCAUUAUUGAGUGCAGAAAUCAAAACAGAACAAAAAAAGUGAAGAACAACGACCUCCCCCAAAACACACACACACACACACUGCCAGCCUGUAGUGUAUUUCUCACUAUUGCUCAGUCAGCAAACACUGAACUUGCUCAUUCUAACUCUGGUGAUAUUUAUACCCAGUGUAGUCUGGAAAGAUCCAUUCAGGACUACGACUCCCCUUUAAAAUCUGCCAUCUGCAGAAGCUUCCUGAAUUCCUCCUUCUUGCUUCGUGUUUUAACCUCGGGUCUGUAGUCACCCUGGAUUACCUUUCUUCACCCUGCAAAAUUUGUAUCUUUUUGUACCAGAAAAGGUGAUAUAAAUCAGACCAUCGUUCUUCCUUAGCAUGGAAUGCAUAACAGAGGGUUACUGUAGCUUCUGUCAGCUUGAAAGCCCAUUUUAAUUUUGGUGGCAUCUAAUCUCUGGAUUAAGCAGAGAAUUUAAUCAUAUUGGGAACGAGGUUAAUUUACGUCAGUGAAUUUUAACUAAAACAACAAAACGUUGCCAGAGUUCUUGGGGUGUUAAUUUUGUUGAUGACAUGCUUGCUAUUUUAGGACUAUAUCAAGACUAGCAAGCGCUCUCAAGGAGACAGGAGCUCUGCUGAUCAGAUUACCAGCCCUGCCAGCUAUGUAGCUCUCUCUCAAGUAUUCCCUGUAUCACUUUCUACAAGCAAAGCCUGUUUUGUUCCACCUGCAGAGCUCUUCUCCAUGGGAAACAGUGCUGUGAUUGAGGCCCAGUAGUGCUGCAAAGCCAAAAGAGCCACUUCUCAGGGGAGCCAGUAGUCCUGCUGAACAGCCUUUGCUGCUCUUGAAGUGACAGUUGUUUUAUUGAUGGUUCUGGUUGGCAGCAUAGAUUUUCGGUGUAAGAUGCGCGUUGAUUUUGCAGAACACGAGUGCUGUACAGUAGGGUGCUGUCUGAGGGUAUUUAGGCAUGCUGCUCUGAACUCCAUUUGAGCUACAAAGUGUCUUCGUGGAUUAAACCAACGCUUGGUGACUUCACGGGAUGACCUGGAUGCUAAACUUUCAGUUGUCUGGAAGCCGAAUUAUCUGCGUAUUUAAAUUAAUGGAUCCAUGCUGAGUUUUCAGUUUCUGUACAUCACACUGGAGGGGAGCUUCCCUUGAAAUCACGGCCACUGAAUUGCUAUUUGUUGAGCAGCAGACCAAGUGUGAUUUCCUCAAGCCUGAAGCCCUAGGUUCUGCAAUCCUCUAGCAAAGAAAGCAUCCAGCGUUACCAACGGACUUUGCUUGAAGGGAAGUGAAAUGACAUCCUUGGCUUUGGUUGGGGCGACUGAAGGGAGCGGCGUUUCUGUAGAAGGCUCUGGAACGCUGUGGUGUAACCGGCUGCCGUCGGCUCUUUGCACCUUGCUAAGACUGCUGAGCACAACCUUGUUUGAGAACGGCACAUUUGUAUCCAAAUAUUAGCUAUUGAAAUAAACCAGUGUUAAAGUGACCUUUUAUCUUUUUAGAGACUGCGGGGGAAGAGUUACUACUGAUCUUUUGCAAACCAAGUGCAUGACUGUAAAGUGAUAAAAUUGUAUAUUUUUCAUAAUGUGGGGAAAGUCUAUUUGUGCUGCUUUAGAAAUCAGUUUAAAGUUUGAUUUCUGUUCAACCCGUGAUCUUACAGCCCUGCUCUAUUUUCUGUAUAUGAAUUUCAAAGAACUGGAAAAGUUAGCACCCGCUGUUGUGUACAUAGCAGAAUUCUUUAGACCUUAGCACGCGUUUUUACCUAUUACUGAACCACUCUAGCUUUUUUGGGGACGGAAAGUAUUAGUACAGAUUUUUUUGAUAAUGUGUGUAAAACAUUCAUUUGAAAUAUUUUAGUACAAAUGAAGUAAGAGAUGGAUUGUGAUAGUGUAUACUU